AUGUAACAAAAGCAAUCUAAAAAAUCUAAAGAAGAGGAACCAAUAUUUAACGGAACAUUCAAAGAUCAUAGUGACGAUUAGAUGGAUGAUAAAAGAAAGAAAUAAACGUUGGUUAUGAAUGAGUCAGGUAAAUUAUAAAUCUAAAAGAGAUACAAAAUAUGAUGUUGUAAAAUUUGUUGGUAAAAAAAUAUUCAAAUGGAUAUUAUAAUAUGAAUGUUUUGGACUGAUGUUUAACCUGAAACUUUAGGGAAAAUGUAACGUAAGUUUGUUAAAAAAUAUUUUUAAAAACCCAUUAAAAGAUUAAUCAUUUUCCUGGCGUGUUUUCACUUGCACGUAAAAAUCAUCUUGGUAGAAACCUAAUGAAAAUGAGAAAAUAAUUUCUAAAUGAUUAUAAAUUCUUUCCAUAAACUUGGCUACUGCCAGCUGAAUAUGGAGAUUUUAACAAUUAAUUUGUCAAAGGGAAAGUAAGAACAUUCAUCGUUAAACCUGAAGCAAGUUGUUAAGGAAGAGGAAUAUUUCUAACCAGAAACAUUAAUGAUAUAAAUCCAACUGAUCAUUAUGUUGCAUAAAGAUAGAUGCAUAGACGCUUUUUGAUAGAAGGAUUGAAAUUUGAUUUAAGAGUUUAUGUAUUAUUGGCUGGAACGGAUCCUAUGAGAAUUUAUGUCUAUUAAGAUGGAUUAGUUAGAUUUGCGACUGAACCAUAUGUUACUCCGACAACAAAUAAUUUAGAUGUAUGUAUGCAUUUAAUGAAUUAUGCUAUUAACAAAGAAAACCCAAAUUUUGUUUUUAAUAAUGAUGCUACUAAAAUGGAUGUUGGUCAUAAAAGAUCAAUUAAAUCAGUCUUUGGUAAGUUACAAGAUGAAGGCCAUAACAUUUAAAAAUUGUGGUAAGAUAUGUAUAAAUUAUUCACUAAAACUUUUUGCACUGUUCAACCAAUACUCAAUCAUCAUUAUAAAUCAUGUUAACCUGAUAAUAUGUGUUUUGAAAUUUUAGGAUUCGAUAUAUUUAUUAAUGAUAAAAUGAGACCUUUUUUAUUGGAAGUGAAUCACACACCUAGUUUUACAACGGAUACACCGUUAGACUCAUUAAUAAAAAAGAAUCUGAUUAGAGACACUUUAAAAUUGAUGAAUGUAAGUCUUAAAGCUAAAGAAGAAAUAAUAUCAUCAAGAAGAGAAUAAUUAUAGUAAAGAGUUUUGACUGGAAAGAAAUAGAAAUUAACAUUGGAAGAGAAAUAAAUUCUAAUCCAAUAGUGUUCUUAAUAAAGAGAUUAACAUGAAAAUAGGAGAUUAUGUAAAGAUAUAUCCAUUAGAAGAUGCUUCAGAAUAUAGUAAAAUUAUUGAAUUUGCUUCUUAAUUAUAUUAUAAUUGGACUGGAGCAAGUAUAUAUAAUCUAUAUUAUUAUUUGAUAGAUAUUAGAAGAAAUCAAAAAAAAGAGUAAUCUGAAACACCUUAAUCGUAAGCUAUCAAACCACCAACUGUUAAAAAACCAAAUACUCCAUAAAUGUUACCUAAAAUUAGUGAAAGACAAAACAAAAUUCAUCAAUCGAUAGAACCAUAAAAUAAUGAAGAGAUAAAAAGCAAAAAUUAAAAAGGAAUAAAAAAGAUAAGUAUCUGAUCCCCCUUUACCAAAAUAACAUUA